AUGUCAACCGGUGUUUUGCAAUUUGUCAAGGGAAUCGAUUUCUCCGGGAACGACUUUUCGGUGAGUGUUUUCCCAGACAUAUUACUAGUCAAAUCGCUCAUUUUGCAGGGAGAUCGAUUCCCUCACGAUGUGGAACAGAUGACGCAGAUGACGUGGCUCAAGUUGAACGAUUCGAAGCUAGAACAAGUAGGAAAUAACAGAAAAUACAAGAAAGAUAAAGAGAAUUGCAGGUUCCUGAUGAGUUAUCACGUUGUGCAAACUUGGAACAUCUUCAAAUGGCUCACAAUCAACUAUCAUCUGUACACGGAGAGCUCUCAGAUCUUCCGAGACUACGAUCUGUCAUCGUUAGAGAUAAUAAUGUGAGUGUUCCCUUUCAAACGCGACAGCAACACAGAAAUGUGAUAUUUCAGCUGAAAACCGCCGGAAUUCCAACAGAUAUAUUCCGGAUGAAAGAUCUGACAAUCAUAGACUUGUCGAGGAAUCAGUUGAGAGAAGUGCCAACAAAUUUGGAGUACGCAAAAGGAGCCAUUGUGCUCAACCUGAGCCACAAUAACCUGGAAACCAUUCCUAAUUCUGUUUGUGCCAAUCUUAUCGACCUGCUCUUUUUGGAUAUUUCCAACAACAAACUCGACAUGCUCCCCCCGCAAAUACGGCGGCUCAGCAUGCUUCAAAGUUUGAAGCUUUCCAACAAUCCGCUCGUUCACUUCCAGCUGAAACAGCUUCCCAGGUAACAUUCGUCCUAUUGCAUUCCUCUUCAUUUUUCAAUUGUUCAGCAUGACGUCUCUGAGCGUUCUUCACAUGAGCAACACGAACAGAACUCUUGAGAAUAUCCCUCCGACGCUCGAUGACAUGCACAAUCUCCGAGUGAGUAUUUCAUUGCCUACCAACCACAAAACAUCUCUUUCAGGACGUGGAUUUCUCUGAAAACGGACUUCCAGUUGUUCCAGAAGCUCUUUUCAAGUUACGGAAUCUGCGAAAGCUGAAUUUGAGUGGGAAUAAAAUUGAAAAGUUGAACAUGACCGAGGGAGAAUGGGAGAAUUUGGAGACUCUCAAUGUCAGCCAUAAUCAGCUUCAAGUGAUUCCCGAUUGUGUCGUGAAACUGACGAGACUUUCAAAGCUCUACGCCUCCAACAACUUACUCACUUUCGAAGGAAUACCGUCUGGAAUAGGGAAACUUAUCCAACUGACCGUUUUGCAUUUGUCUUACAACAAACUUGAACUAGUACCAGAAGGUAUCUCUCGGUGUGUCAAACUGCAGAAACUGAAGUUGGACCACAAUCGGCUGAUCACUCUUCCGGAAGGAAUACACCUCCUUCCCGACUUGAAACAAUUGGAUUUGCAUGAGUAAGUUUUUCUCUUCAUUCUGAGAAUGCCUGCUAAAAAUGCGUUGAGAAGAGGACUGUUCGAGAAACAAACAUUCCGAAGCAUAAAAUGCUCUUUGGUCCGUUCCCAUGCUCGUCCGGAAUGCAUGACUCAUAUGCCCGAAUUCGGCAUGAAACAGAUUUGCAUUAAUGAAGUCUACAGAUUAGACGACUCCUCUCUCUUUCCUCAUUUCUUACUUUCCCUUCCUCCCAUAUUCUCGUUUUACAGCAACGAAAACCUGGUGAUGCCUCCGAAACCGAACGAUGCUCGCAAGAAACUCGCAUUCUACAACAUAGAUUUCUCGUUGGAACAUCAGGUAGGUCAAACAGGAAACCGCACCGUCCCUCGGCGCUAGAUUUUAACGUAAUUUUGAUCUUCCCAUCAAUCAAACGUUGAAUUUUGCCCUUUCGGAACGUCUCGUUCGCCCGUUUCCUACAUGCACUUAUUUUUUCGUCUCUCCGCCCGGAAAUCGUCUCCGCUGCUCGGUCGCCCGCUUUUUCUUCUCCAUUUCUUGUCCCUUUUCCUCCCAAAAAACGCGCAGACGACUUCCUUUUCUUUCAAUUCUUCCGACCCGCACGCAGAGAGCCACCAAAAUACUCAUUUCUGACUAGUCGCUUCCUUUUUUGUUCGUUUUCUCUCGAAAAUGCGGGCUGAGUGUCUCUUGGUGAGUGACCUCGAAGCAGCAGGUGAUCGCCAGAUGUGAACCGCAUGAAAUAUUGUUCCGAGAAGAAGUAACCAGUCAUUUUCAGCGAAAGAUCGCAGGCCAAAUGGCGAGCCCGUCGUCGUCGAUCUCGUCAGUGCAUUCAGGCGGUGCACGUCAGGAUGCGUUGGCAAGACGGAAGGAGUUCAUUCGUCGACGGAAGCAGCAGGCGGAUCAGCAGAGUGCGGACAAAGUUAUACAGGUGAGGAGAAGGGGGCCACUCGAGGUGUUUGGAUAGUGGGUCACGUGAAUUCUCGAAUUCCUCGUCUGAAAAUUCAGAGAAUAUGAUCGCACUUUCCAUAUGUGUAUAACCAGCUGACUGUUGGGAACUGCAUAAUGUUCCACAUAAAUUUCCUUUCUGGUCGCGGACUGAUCGAUAAUCUCGACCAUAAACUAGUGUCCUCCCCCUCUUCCCUUUUUUUGCGGUGGUUCUUUUCUACGAGAACGACGUUAUCAUAUCGUAUCACCAAUCUCAAAUGUGACCCGUUUCCCGGUCACUUUUCUGUGUUUUGUUGACAUUUCAUUCCAAGUGUCCAUGAUAGCAUUCGUAUUUGCAGGGAAUGUCCAAAAUUGCCGGUGUAGGAGCGGCACUCACGGAGAAGCAGCAAGAGGAGGAAGAGCGACAAAUCGAGGCGAAGAGCGCGGUGAACUGGCAGAAGAAUCUGGAGAAGCAUCGGAAGCACAUCGACUACAGCGACAUUUUCGAUGAAGACGUCGGCAAUGACGAGGGAAUGUGGGUCUGGGAGAUCGAGAACUUCUACCCAUCGAUCAUGGAUGAAGCCUAUCACGGACAGUUCUACGACGCCGAUGCAUAUCUCGUGCUGAAAACGACGAGAGAGAUUUCCGGACAACUCCGCCACGCCAUCUUCUACUGGCUCGGCGAGCACGCCUCCUUAGACAAAGGAAUGUGCUCCGCAGUGCACGCAGUAGGCCUCCGCAACCAUCUAAAUGCCACGUGUCGAACACAAAGAGAGGAAAUGAACGACGAAUCGGAAGAGUUCCUUUCGUUGUUCGGAGAAGAAAUUGUUUACAUCGAAGGAGGAAGGACCACUUCCGGCUUUUUCACAACUGAGAAGCCGGCUCAUUUGACGCGCCUCUACAGGGCUGGAGUCAACGGAACCUCUGUGGAUAUGGAGCCAGUGCCUCUGAGUGUCGAAUCGUUGGAUCCACGUUUCUGCUUCCUUUUAGACGUCGGAGAGACCAUCUGGAUAUGGAGUGGAUUCAAAUCGAGGGUUCGUUUCGUGUGUCAGAAAGUUAAAAUGCGCUAGAAACGGUCAGUAUGAAAACGAGAAAUUGAAGGUUACACUGUUCGCAAAAUUCGAUGUAAUUUCUUUUUUUCUCUGAAGUGACCUUUCCGCCUCGGGGGUCGACAGAUACUGACGGCAAGUGCCCGCGAGACAGAGGAGGCGAGCGGGUGUGCGAGAGGACACGACUCUCUCUCUCUCUCUCUCUCUCUCUCUCUCUCUCUCUCUCUCUCUCUCUCUCUCUCUCUCUCUCUCUCACUCUCUCUCUCUCUCUCUCUCUCUCUCUGUCCACUAUGUUAUGGGCACCGAGAGACGAAAGAAAUGCGACUGCUUGGCGCAAUGGUAGCGCGUUCGACUCCAGAUCGAAAGGUUGGGCGUUCGAUCCGCUCAGUGGUCAAAACAUUUUGUUUUUUGACACUCCAUGAACUGACAAUCUCUUUUUUCAGAUCACAGUGUCGAAUAAAGCGAGACUGUUUGCCGAACGGCUGAACAAGCGCGAUCGGAAGGGAAAGAGUGAGAUCGAAACAUGCCGGCAAGCGAGAUGUCCUCCAGAAUUCUGGCAAGCACUGACUGGAAGUCCCGAAAAACCGGAAGGAGCGAUUGUUGAGCAUGUUCCGGAGUCGUUCGUUCCGGAGAGAAAGAAGUUAUACAAAGUGAACAUCGGAAUGGGAUUUCUGGAACUUCCACAAGUGGAACUGCCAAAAGGAAUUGCGAAACAAGAAAUGCUCAACACGAAAGGAGUAUUCAUUCUCGAUUCCAACUCGGACAUAUUUCUGUGGACUGGAAAGAAGGCGAAUCGACUUCUGAAGAUGGCCGGUCAGAAGCUCGUUGUUGAAUUGCAUCAGAUGAUCGACAGACCCGAUUACGCGCAGGUGUACAGAGAAACAGAAGGAGAGGAAUCGAUGAUGUUCCGAUCGAAGUUCGCCGGAUGGGACGAAAUAGUUCCCGUGGACUACACGAGGACCAGCGACUCUGUGCAGAGAGUGCCCGACCUGAAAGUGAUUGUGAAACAAGACAACAUGAUGAGGGCCGAUCUGGGGGCACUUUUCCUCGAAAGACAACCGCCGAUGGUGUUCGAGGAGAGCGAAGAACUGAUGCUCGAUUGCAAUUACGACCUGGAACUGAUGGAGAGUUUCGUGCUCGAGGGGAAGAAGUUUGUGAAACUGCCUCAGAAAGAGUUUGGAAUAUUCUACACAAUGGACUGUUACGUCUUCCUCUGUCGGUAUGCAGUUUUGCCAGAAGAAGAGGACGACGAGGAAGAGGAAGAAAAAGACGAAGACGAGAAGCCGGAGAUGGAUUUUAAGUGUGUCGUGUACUUCUGGCAGGGAAGAGACGCAUCGAACAUGGGCUGGCUCAACUUCACUUUCCAGUUGCAGCCAAACUUCGAAGAGAUAUUCAAAGACAAACUCGAGGUGGGAAAUCAACGAAAGAACGUUUUCAUUUUGCUAUGUUUCAGGUCGUUCGGAUGUACCAACAGCAAGAGAAUCACAAGUUCCUUUCUCAUUUCAAACGGAAGUUCCUCAUAAAAAGAGGUCGACGCGGACUGACGAAGAAUCUCGGUGGCAAGUGGCCAGAGCUCUUCCAGAUGCGAGCCAAUGGAUCCAGCGUUUGCAACAGGACCAUCCAAGUCGAUUGCCAGUGAGUGAACUGAAUUUCGUAACAGCAAUGAGUUCUUCUUUACCUUACAGAGCGAAUCAACUUUGCUCUGCGUUCUGUCACAUGUUGCGGAUUCCAUUCAAAGAAGUCGAGGAGAGCGGACACCGCGGAGUCGUUUACGUCUGGUUCGGUAAAGAUUCGGACCCUAGAGAGCAUGACUUUGCCCGUCAAGUGGCCUCCGAUCUGGUCGUUCGUGAUGAUGACAAUGACUUCCGAAUAGUCGAAGUGAAAGAAGGCGAGGAGAACGAAGAGUUCUGGAAGGUGCUCGGAGGAAAGAAGAGCUACGAAACUGACAGCUCCUUCAUCAAGUACACUCGACUUUUCCGAUGCACCAACGAGAAAGGAUACUUUGCAGUGUCCGAAAAAACUGUCGACUUCUGUCAAGUAUCAUCAAUAGCUCUUUUAUUAGUGUAAAACACGGUUUCAGGAUGAUCUCGACGAUGACGACAUCAUGAUUCUGGACAACGGAGACGCGGUCUUCCUGUGGAUCGGCGCGCGUUCUUCCGACAUCGAAGCGAAACUGUCGUAUCAAGCGGCACAAGUGUACCACGCGUCAUUGCGAAUGAAGGCGAACGAACGGCCGCGCAAGUUCAUGCUGGCAGUGCGGGGCCGCGAGAGUCGCAGGUUUCGGAAGUGUUUCCACGCGUGGGCCAAGAUGAAGGUGUGUUCGGAUUCCGAGGCACCCUCCUCAAUUUUUAUCAUUUUCAGGAGCCCGUCGGAAACUAA